GCUGCGCCGCGGGGCAGGCUGGGAAUGCUCACAGCCGGCGGCGGCGGCGGCGGCCCCGCCGUCGCUAUGAACGAGUCGGUGGUACGACGGACGCAGGAAUGCUUGGGGCAAGUGAUCCGCAAGCCGCCCUUGACGGAUCGGCUGCUGAGUAAGCCGCCCUUCCGCUACCUGCACGACGUGAUCACCGAGGUGAUCAGAGUGACAGGCUUCAUGAAAGGGCUUUACACGGAUUUCGAAUUGAAAUCAGAUAAUGUCAAGGAUAAAGAUGCCAAAAUCAGCUUCCUUCAGAAGGCCAUCGAUGCUGUUGUAAUGGUAACAGGAGAGCCACUGUCAGUAAAACCAGCACGUGUUGUGGCUGGACAUGAACCUGAGAAAACAAAUGAGUUUCUGCAAGCCAUUGGAAAGUGUUGCUUAAAUAAGCUGUCCAGUGAUGUUGCUGUGAAAAAGAUCUUAGCUGGGGAAAGAGCUGAUGCUAAAGGAAAACCUCCAUCCAAUAAACCUCGAGAUAUAGAAAGCAGGGAGUCCAAAACAGAAGACCAAAAAAGCCGUAGGGAUAAAGAGGGAAGAGGAGAUACUGACAUUAAAGACAGAAGUUCGAGCAGAGACAGAAAACCCAAAGGAGAUGUCAAAGAGAGCGAAGAAAGAGAAAAAGAAGGUGAAAAACAGAAGGAUAAUGAAGAUAGGCACAAAGACUCUGAAAGGGACAACUUUAAGGAAGGAGAAAAACAAGAAAGGGAAAGAAACAAAAGCAGAACGACCAAGCAAGGAAGAGAAACAGAAAAAAGCAAGGGAAAAAGAGACAUAGAACGAGAAGAUAAUAUUGAAUGGAAUAAAGUACAGGAAAGGGAGAAAAAAAAUGAAGGAGGAAGAGAAACGGACAGACUGAAAGGAAGAGACAAAGAUAAGACCAGGGAGAGAGAACGAGAGAAGGACAGAGAAAAGGGAAAAGACCGUGAAAGGGACAGACAGAGAGACAGAGGGAAAGAUGGGGAGCAUGUACAAGAACACGGAAAGGAUAAAGCAGAGAAAAAGUCUGCAGAUUCUGAGGAAUCUAAACUUAGAAAACUGCAGAGGCCAACUAAAGCCAGCAAGUGCCAGCCAGAUGAUGAGAGUGAAAGUCCUGCAGGAAUAUCAAGGCAGCCUUCAACAAAAGGAUCAAGGCAGCGCUCCAAACCCAGAGAAGAAGGAACGGUAGAAAUGAAGAGUGUGGCAGAUGGGAUUUCAGAGGACAGUGCUGCUAAACUGCAGGAGAAAGCUGAACCAGGACUUGUAGUAAAACAGAAAGAAGAAGAAGCAGAGAAUCUUGAUCCUGAAAAGCCUGCAGUAUCUGAAAACGGUGAAGUAACCAAUGAUCUUCCACCUCAGGCUAUCCAAAGACGUAUUCCCCGUCCUAGCAGUGCAAGACCAGCACCACCCCGAAUAGUAAAACGCCAAGAGAGCACGGAGGCUUUGCUUCCAGAAAGGAAUGGUAGUGGUAAAGCAGUCUCAAAUGUGAUCAUAGACCAGCAUGCUUCUGAUGAUGAUGAUGACCAGUUUGUGGUGGAGGCAGCCUUGCCCGUGCCUGAAAUGCCAGAGCUGGAAAUGGAGCCAGAAGUGGAUCUGGAGGAGGAUGAAAAGCAUGGUGGACUUGUAAAAAGAAUCCUAGAAACAAAAAAGGAUUAUGAAGCAUCACAAAAAUCAUCAAAGACGACAGAGAAGGAGAAGCCUUUUGUAUCAGAAGCAGCGAGGAAGAAAGAGAGGGACUUGGUAGCCAAAGAAGUGGAGAAGUUUCGGGACUCUAUUCAGACUCUGUGCCGCAGUGCCUUUACGCUUGGCAGGAUCAUGGACUACGUUCAAGAAGACAUGGAUGCCAUGAAGAACGAGUUGCAGAUGUGGCGGCACGAGAACAGACAGCAUGCAGAAGCUCUGCAGAAAGAGCAGAGCAUCACGGACAGUGCUGUAGAACCACUAAAAGCUGAACUGGCUGAGCUGGACCAGCUGAUUGAAGACCAGCAAGACAAGAUUCGUGCUGUUAAAGCUAAUAUUUUAAAGAAUGAGGACAAAAUCCGGAGGAUGGUACUUAGCAUAAACCUGUCUUCAAGAAGGUGAAGAAGGGAGGGAAAAAAAAAGCCUUGGGACUGAUAGACUGAUAUUCCUACCAAAUAAAAAUUCCUACCAAAUAGUGGAGAAAAGUAAA